AUGAGCUUAGUGACGGUUUUCCUACUGGUAAUUUCAAGCGUUGUCACGUUUGCAAAGGCAGCUACACAUACGUUCAAUUGGACCACUGGUUGGGAUUAUAGAAAUGUGGAUGGCGUUCGUGAGAGGCCGGUAAUUACCUGCAACGGUGAGUUUCCGUGGCCGGAUGUGAGAGUCACGAAGGGUGAUCGGGUUCAGGUUUAUUUGACCAAUGGUUUCAACAAUAGUAACACAUCUUUGCAUUUCCAUGGGUUGUUCCAGCGGGGCAACAGUCAGAUGGAUGGGGUGCCGGGGCUGACCCAGUGUCCUAUCGUGCCAGGGUCUACUAUGCUGUACAAUUUCACUGUCGAGGACAAUUCCGGUGCAUAUUGGUACCAUUCGCAUACCGAUGGUCAGUAUGAAGACGGUAUGAGAGCUGCGUUCAUUAUCGAUGACGGAGAAAAUAACGAGAAUUAUCCUUACAAGUACGACGAGGAAGUGGUGUUGACCAUAGGCGAGUGGUACGACCGCCCGGUGCAUGAGUUGAACAGGCUGUUUUUGAAUCUGAACAACCCCACCGGUGCAGAGCCGAUCCCGCAAAACUUGAUCCUGAACGACACGCGCAACCUGACGUGGGAAGUGAAGCCUGACACUACGUAUCUGUUGAGAUUGAUCAACGUUGGUGGCUUUGUGUCGCAGUAUUUCUGGAUCGAGGACCACGAGCUUACAGUGGUCGAGGUUGAUGGUGUGACGGUUGAGCAGAACACCACUGAUAUGCUUUAUGUGACCGUGGCGCAGCGUUACACGGUGCUGGUGCACACUAAGAACGACACUUCGAGGAAUUAUGCCAUUAUGCAGAAGUUCGAUGAUACGAUGCUGGAUAAAAUCCCGACAUACCUGGAAUUGAACGCUACGUCGACUUUGAGCUACAGCGCCGACUUGGGGGCGGCCAGCGAAAAUUACGUUGACGCUCUCGAACCUUUGGAUGACUUCUACUUGGUUCCUUACAACAAGCAAGAGGUCUACGGCGACCCCGAUUACGUUAUCACCGUGGAUGUCUCUAUGGACAACUUGAUCAACGGUGUCAAAUACGCUUUCUUCAACAACAUCACCUACAGGGCCCCCAAGGUUCCAACUUUGAUGACCGUUCUUUCUGGCGGUGACAACGUCACCGACCCCUACAUCUACGGUACAAACACAAACACUUUUGUCCUGCAAAAGGACGACAUCGUCGAGCUUGUGCUGAACAACUUCGAUAAUGGCACGCAUCCUUUCCAUUUGCACGGCCAUGCUUUCCAGACGAUCGUUAGAGACCGUGCUUAUGAGGAUGCACCUCGCCGAUACGACGACAGCGACCACCCUGAGUUCCCGGAGUAUCCGAUGAUCAGAGACGUCGUCUAUGUGAACCGGCAGUCGAACUUUGUGAUCAGAUUCAAAGCCGACAACCCUGGCGUGUGGUUUUUCCACUGCCACAUCGAAUGGCAUUUGCUGCAGGGUCUUGCGAUCGUGCUCGUCGAAGAUCCCUUGGCAAUCCAGGCUACUGCGUCCCAGCAUUUGACCGACAGCGUCCAGGAGGUCUGUAGAGACGCUGGCAUAGCCCUGGCUGGCAACGCUGCUGGUAACACGGUCGACUUUUUUGAUUUGACCGGCCAGAAUGUGCAAGAGAAGAGGAUCCCAUCUGGUUUCACCAAGAAGGGCAUUAUCGCGAUGACUUUUUCAUGUUUGGCCGGUGUUCUCGGGCUGAUUACGCUGUCCGUCUAUGGUCUGCUGGAGCAGCCUGAAGUAGCCUCCGAGAAGCUCAUGCAAGAUUUUAAUCUCGGCCCUCAAGAGCUGAUUGAAGAACGAUCCACCAGUUCGAACUCCGUCGACAGAGUGAAUCCAUAA